CGCAGUCGCACCGUCGUCGCACGCUGGGCGUUGGUAAACCCUGACGAAAGAAAUUCCCCUUCUCUCGCUCCCCCCGUCCCGUGAUGGCAGCACCGGCGCCCGGCGCCGGCGCCGUCGAGGUUUCCAUGGGUUUCACUUCACGGAUUGGCGUUCGUGUCACGCAGGACGCCAAGGCGAAGGCGUUGGUGGCCGCGAAGAUCAAGGAAGGGGAGGACAAGGUGCGGAUGAUAGGACAGUACGCGGUGCGGACGGACCGCGCGAUCGACGCGCUGGAGAAAAAGGUGCAGGACCUCGAGGCGGUGAUGGAUCUCGAGCUGAUGCUCGGCCAGUACUGCGCCGACCUCUCGGACAUGCACAAGGCGCGCCACUACUACCGUGCCGUCUCGCUCUCGGAGAAAGAGGAGCUGUCCCUCCGCCAAAUCGACGACUUCGCCGCCGCCACCAUCGCCGAGUAUGAGGCCAGCGUCGGCCCCGUCCCGGCCUUCGACAACCACCUCAGCCUGUUCAGCAAAGACAUCCCACUGGAGUUCCCCGAACCCUUAGCUCCCCCUCCCGCUUCUUCGGCUCCGGCUUCGGCUUCUCACCACGAGCCUGCUGUGUAGAAUGGAGGGGAUGUUGCAUGCUAAGAGAUGAUCACCUGGAGCACCCCAUCCCUUUCAUUUCUUCGCCCCCGUCAUCCAAGUCGGCUAUCAUGGUUCUAGGGGCUUUGAGCCUAUUUUAAGCACGUCUGCAGUUUUGACUGAUGGUGAUUAAUUUAAACUUGGAGCUGUGAGAUUGUCAGUACGAGUGUAGCUAUGAACAUCUCGGAUGUAUGCGAACAUGUGGGUUCUGAGGUUUGAUUCAUGCUUGCAUUGCUCUGUGCCUGGUGAAUUAUGAAUGCAAUCAUCACAUCGUUUCUAUUACUGGUGCA